AUGGCGAAAAGAAAGGCGGGCGGUCGCCCUGCGGCUAAGACUGAAGCCCCUGCGCGAACCAAGUUUGACGUUGAGGAACGUUUCGACGACUCGGAGGAUGAAUUCCAGACCGGCCGGGAUCAGAUCUUGCUGGACGAGGCUCCCGAUGCGAAGCGCCGACGGAAAGUGGCUGAUGAUGAGGAAAUGUUCCAACCUUCCGACGAAGAAAUCCUUGGCUACGAAUCCGUAGAUGAGGACGAGGACGAGGACGAUGUCGAGAACGAAGACUACGAUAGUGAAUAUGAUGAAAUGGGUCGACCGAAGAAGGGAGGUGAUUCGGACGAGGAGGAAGAGGGUAUCGCAGCUUGGGGCUCAUCCAAAAAGGAUCUCUACGAUGCUGAUCAGAUCGAGACCGAAGUCGAUGCCCUUGAGGAAGAGCAGGAAGCCAAGCGACUACAACAGAAGCAAUUGGAGGCCAUGAACGAGGCUGAUUUCGGCUUUGACGAGUCUGAAUGGGCAGACACCAAGGAUGCAGAUGAUGAAGAUGCUGGAGUGGUUACCGAAGUGCUCCCCCAGCUGGAGAUCACCGACGACAUGACCACUGAAGAAAAGUUGAAAAUUCUCAAGUCGCGAUACCCCGAAUUCGAGCCUUUGGCCAAGGACUUCACCGAUUUGCAAAAAACCCACGAGGAGCUACAAAAGGAGGCAUCGGCCACCAAGACAACCAUAGUCAAUGACAGCGAUGAACCCCAACCAGCUUCCGUGGCGGUCAUUAAAGCGCGCGCUCUAUCGGCAUACCUCGGCACUAUCAGCAUGUAUUUCAUGCUUCUGGCUUCAUCAUCCGAUGGUAGCAGUGGCAGUGUCUCUAUGUCCCCCGCCGAACUCCGACAACACCCUGUAAUGGGAUCUCUGGUCAAAUUCCGCAAGCUUUGGGAGAAGGUCAAGGACCUCGAGGAACAAGAAGUUGUCACAGUUUCCGAGGACGACGAAUCCGAGGAGGAGGCCGAGCUUGCCACCAAGACGGAGCCCACCAAGCCCCAGAAACAAGCAACAAAGACCAAGAAACUGAGCAAGGCCCAGCGACUCGCUCAAGAAGCACAAGCCGAGGCCGACGCCCGCCGUGCUGAGCGUCUCCGAGCGACCGAAGCCGGCCUGGCCGAUCUCGACAAUCUGAUCGCCGAGCCUAAACGCAAGACUAAGAAGACCAAGAAGAUCGCGAAGGAAGACGAUGACUCUGACUUUGGUGACGAGGGCGCCCUUACUGCCCGCGAAGCCGAAGAGAAAGCCAAGCAAAAGCGUUCCCUCCGUUUCUACACCUCGCAACUGGCCCAGAAGGCCAACAAGCGCACAACCGCCGGCCGCGACGCAGGAGGUGACGCAGAUAUCCCUCACCGCGAGCGUCUGCGUGACCGUCAGGCCCGUCUCAACGCCGAGGCCGAGAAGCGUGGUCGCCAGCAAGCCGACAUUGGCGAAGAACUGGGUGGCGAUAGUGACGAGGAAGACCGUCGCGUACGCAAAGAACUCCGUAACGACGGUAACCAGUCCGGCACCGAUGAAGAUGAGUACUACGACAUGGUCGCAGCCCGAUCCAAGCAACGCAAGGAUGACAAGUCAGCUCGCUCAGAGGCGUACGCUGCCGCUGCCCGUGAGGGCGGACAAGUCCAUGUACAGGAGGAGGUUGGACCUGAUGGCAAGCGCGCGAUUACAUACCAGAUCGAGAAGAAUAAGGGUCUUACGCCGAAGCGGAGCAAGGAUUCGCGUAACCCGCGUGUUAAGAAGAGAAAGAAGUUCGAGGAGAAGAAGAAGAAGCUCGGUAGUAUCAAGCAGAUCUACAAGGGUGGAGAGAGCCGUGGCGGAUAUGGUGGUGAACUUACGGGUAUCAAAAAGAACCUGGUCAAGAGUGUCAAGCUCUGA